AUGAAGCCUACUGUUUCCAUGUUCAGCUCCCUCUUGGUCCUGCAUGCUAUGGCUCUUGAUUACGCAGUAGUCGCUUCUGCAGCAAUCGGAAUCAACGCCGCCAAUGGUUCUUGCUGCAAGGCUAUCGAGAGUGCCGGCUUGUCUCACGUCCUAUAUGCCGAAGAUGCACGGUAUCGCAAUCGCACCGAGUCGUACUGGUCGGUUAGCGCACAGCUCACACCUGAAUGUAUCGUACAGCCUUUUUCGACUGAGGAUGUAUCUAAGGCCGUGAAUACACUCGUGGGGGAUGUUGCUUGUACGAAAACGAAGUUUGCGGUACGGAGUGGCGGCCAUACGACAUGGGCCGGUUCGAACAAUAUUGAUUACGGUGUGACCAUUGACCUCGGUCUUAUGAAUACCACCACAUGGGAUGCGGAUUCCGAGACUGCUUCUAUCGGCCCUGGAUCUCGAUGGGGUGCAGUGUAUGGGACUCUCGAACCUCUGGGUGUUACAGUGGCCGGUGGUAGAGCUGGCACGGUUGGUGUCGCGGGCUUCAUCUUGGGCGGCGGCAACUCCUUUUAUACUGCGCAGAAAGGUUUUGCGUGUGAUAAUGUGAAGAACUUUGAAGUUGUUCUUGCAACUGGGGAAGUUGUCAAUGCGAACGCCGAGGAAAACAGCGAUUUGCAUCAAGCCUUGAAGGGGGGAUCAGCCAACUUUGGCAUUGUCACGAGAUUCGACAUGCAGGGCUUCAAAGCUGGCAAUCUGUGGGGUGGCACUAUGAUGUACCCCAAGUCGCUUACGCAACAACACAUCGAAGCAUAUCACGCAUGGACUGAUAACGUGGAGAACUACCCGGAAGGAUCUUCCAUCGUCUUCUGGAGCUAUCUUCCAGCGUUAGAAGAUAUCGUGAUUCUCGCUGCCUAUGAGGAUACGGCGGGUAAUGAGGCUCCAGCCGGGUUCGACAUGUUCAUGGCCAUUCCCAAUGCGACGGUGACAACCAUGAGGAUCGCAAGCCACAAGGAGCUGGUGGAUGAGCUUGAACAGCCUGCAGGAUACUAUGACGUGUGGCAUACCAUGUCUUUCAAAAACGACAUCCAGAUCUACCAAAAGAUUGUCCAACUCCACGAACAAUUUGUGGACGAAUGGAAGGCCGAGACGGAUGACAGCGACUUCAUCACCCAAUGCAUGUUCCAGUCCAUCCCAACUGUUUUCGCGAAGCAUGGCCUAGACAAGGGGGGUAAUGUCCUUGGUCUCGAUAAGGAGACGGAGAAUAUCAUUAUGCUCCUCUUCAACAUUGCCGUCAAGACUCCAGAGCUAGAGCAGCUUGCACGCGCGAAGCUCAGGCUGCUUGGAGAAACUAUGAGAGAGUACGCUGCGAGCAAGAACGGUGCGGUGGACUGGACGUACUUGAACUACGCGGAUAGCUAUCAGAAUCCUUUGAAGAGCUUCGGUCCUGAGAAUGUUGAGAAGAUCCGCGCUGCUGCUACCAAGUAUGACCCCAAAGGUAUCUUCCAAACUCGUUCGCCAGGCGGUUUCAAGAUCUCGAAGAUGGGCUGA